CGGUUGAGUGUUUGGUCUCUGCCUCCUUUCCUUGGCCGCGGCGGGACCUCCUCUAACUCCUCCUCCUCCUCCUCCCUCCACUCCUCCUCCUCCGCCUGCGCUCGGCCGUUGGAUGGGCCGCCAGCUCCGGACUCGGCAUCGGGGCUCCGGCGGCCGCAGUCGGGACGCGUCUCCCGAGACAGCGGCACUUGGGCUUGUGGCCCUGCGAUCCCGUCCCCCGCGCCUGCCCACCAACUCCGGAGGCCCUGCGCCUACGGGGAACCCGCUCGGUGACCCGGCCACCGGCCCCCGCGGCUUGUCCCUUGACCCAGCUUGAUCUUACUCUUGGCUACUUGGCGUUGCACCUGUGGAAAGAGCGCUUUCUUUGCCUGUUAACAUUGAGAUCCUUUGGAUCGCUCACGCUUGCUGAGUGCUGAGUAUGUGCCAUAUACUAUGCUGCGGACUUUGCUUUAUAGCCCCAGUUGAUUCUCAUAACCCUGUGAAACAGGCCCGGUUAUCUUACACGUAGGAAACCCGUGGCACAGAAAGGUUAAGUAAGUUGCUUAAGGCCACACAGCCUGUUAAAAGGAAACGAUGUUUGUAUUUUAAAGUGGCAGCCGAAUUUUACCGGGACAGCCUUUGUUUUGCUUGUAUUUCCUGAUCAUAUCUGUUCAGUAGUUAAUUCCAAUUCGGAGUGGAUUAAGGAAGAGCUUCUUUACAUCUGUGACUCCCAAGGACUGGGGCAUCCCCUGGCUAAAAGAACCUUUUCUCAAUGCACAAUAGUUUUGGGAAAAGGGGGAAAACUGACCCUUGAGGUCAUUGAACAGAGGUCAUAAUGAGUUCCCUGAAGAUCCUGAAAUCACCAGCGUGGUAAUUGAAAUACAUUUUCAUUUGCAGAUGUGGAAAGCACUGGGAAGCUUUUAAGUCGCAAUCAAUAUAAUAAUGAACUGGCAGCAUAAUUUUAAAAGGCUCCUGCCUGGAACCAGGACCUUACCAAUUUCUGUGAACAAGGUCUAGUUUUCUCAUCCUAUCUUUUGUUCUUUUCUGCCAUUGCUUCCUGCUAUGUCUCUUGGGAAUGGCCCUGCUUUCAAAAUUCAAGAUUAUCAGCUGUGAAUUACCACUUACUCUUGUCUUUGUCCACUCUUUCAGCCUUCAGGGCAGGCAAGGGUGGGUCCCUGGGGGAAUAGCUUCCCUUGCAUACUAGUUGAACAGUCUUCAUAUAAGUGGAACAAGCAAAGACAGCUUUCUUGGCUUGGUUUUUUCUGCAGUUCAAAAUCCGUUUUAAAUUACUAGAAUCUGCUUUUUUUUUUUUUAAGUAAUGGAAGAGGGUGGGAUAAAAAGAGAAGGAUAAUUCUGAGGCUGCUUUUCAAUGACGGGAUAAUGACUUUUCUUGAUUUUCAUCUAAGUUGAAUAAGCAUCCUGUGCACUUUAAUCUCCUGUUGGUACUGUCAGGCCAACUGAAGACAAGGUUUUGAAAUCUCGGCUGUAAAAGACAUCCAGCCAAACUCUCAGUCUUGCCUUAACAAUGUUCCAGAGGCUGAAUAAAAUGUUUGUGGGUGAAGUGAGUUCUUCCUCCAACCAAGAACCAGAAUUCAGUGAGAAAGAAGAUGAUGAAUGGAUUCUUGUUGACUUCAUAGAUACUUGCACUGGUUUCUCAGCGGAAGAGGAAGAAGAAGAAGAGGAGAACAUCAAUGAAGAGUCACCUGCUGAGCACCCUUCAGUCUUUUCCUGUUUACCGGCGUCUCUUGAGUGCUUGGCUGAUACAAGUGAUUCCUGCUUCCUCCAGUUUGAGUCAUGUCCAAUGGAGGAGAGCUGGUUUAUCACCCCACCCCCAUGUUUUACUGCAGGUGGAUUAACCACUAUCAAGGUGGAAACAAGUCCUAUGGAAAACCUUCUCAUUGAACAUCCCAGCAUGUCUGUCUAUGCUGUGCAUAACUCCUGCCCCGGUCUCAGUGAGGCCACCUGUGGGACUGAUGAAUUACAUAACCCAAGUAGUCCCAGAAUGGAAGCUCAAAAUGAAAUGGGGCAGCACAUUCAUUGUUAUGUUGCAGCUCUUGCUGCUCAUACAACUUUUCUGGAACAACCCAAGAGCUUUCGUCCUUCCCAGUGGAUAAAAGAACAUAGUGAAAGACAGUCUCUUAAUAGAAAUAGCCUUCGUCGCCAAAAUCUUACCAGGGAUUGCCACUCUCGGCAAGUCAAGCACAAUGGCUGGGUUGUUCACCAGCCCUGCCCACGUCAGUACAAUUACUAAGAAUUUCACGUUUUGCUGGUUGGUUUCUCUUGGUUUGUGCAUAUGUGUAUGGAUGUGUGAAUAUGUACAAUGAAAAUGUUGUCUCUUUAAAACCAAUUGAUAACCAAUCACAUAGUUGUAUCAGUGUAUUUAGACACUAUCUUGAAAACCAGAUUUAUAUGCUGUGUAUCACAUAAUGCCUUGCCUUUAACAUUUACUUUUUUGUACACUUUUUCAGAUUGUUUCUGGAAACAUAUCAAUACAAUUACAGUGUUUGGUGUUUGGGGGUGUCUUUAAAUCUGUUAGAGUGUACAUUAGUCAGCAUUUUAAAGACGUUUCUUCCAAGUACAAGAAUAGGCAUCUUCAUUUUCAUUUUAUUUUGUAUUACUUAAUCUUUUGAGCAAGCAAAAAUUUAUUCUCAGGGUCAGCUGUACACUUUAUUGACCAGUACUUGAUAAUUUCUCUGUAUAUGAUGAAUACAUUUUUACACACUAACAUGAGCAUUAACAGGUGAUAGUUGCCAUGGAUAUAAUGGAAUUAUGGCUGGACUUUCUUUUGAAAGAAAACUUGAUACAUUUCUGUGUGUAUGGUUUUUCUCCAGAUUAAUCAUGCAGUUCAUUUGGAAUUGAGGUACAUUAAGCUUUAGUGAAGAGCGCAUUCAGUAAUUCCAAUGUGACUGCAUGACGUGGUACAGACAUUACAGGUGUUGUAGACUUGCCUCAUGCAGAGGGAUUAAAUUAGGCCUGUGAAAUUAUAUUUGGAAAAAUUCAUGUCUGUAACUAACCCAUUAGUCCAGUAUUUAAGUCGUUCCGAUUCCUUCCUGCCAAUUCUGCCCACUCCUCACCUCACGUCAGUUAUAAAUUCAGAAGUACUUGUGUAGGCACUUGAAUGAUUUUAUAUUUUUCUCUGCCCGAAGGAAAAGAGAUAGGCUUUAUAUUUCCACACAGAGUGAAAAAUCCUCUGUCACGAAGCCUGCCCUACCAAGUGGCAAGCAAGGAUGUGGGGGAAUUUCUGGUGAUGAUGUCUUUCAUGGCAUCUGAGUGAAAAGUGACAGAUUGGCUUAACUUUUUUCUUUUUCUUUUUUUUUUAAUUGCCUUGUAUUGUGGGUAUUCUUCCCUGCAGUCCAAACGACUUUUCAUUUUUUGUUUUAACUGCAGGCAAAAAUCUUUAACCACUCUGGCCUCUGUUUCUUCCACCAACAGGGGGAGCAGUGACAUUUACCUCCCUCACAGAGUCACUGUGAGAGUUCUAUACUGAUUGGAAGUGGGGCUGUUCAGAACUGAACCUUGUAGGAAAUUCCAAGGGCCUUUCUACUGAAUCUGGUGAUAGGGUGGGGCCGUGGCACUUUCUCUGCCACAGCUGUUCUUCACAGUGUUGGUGCUAAUGAGGCCAGGGUGCAGGGUUCGAGUCACACAUAGGCCAGUUAACAUAGAGAAAACUAUUUCCUUACCUCCAGCCAGUCACUUCCUUUUUCCGUAGUUGUGAUGUGUUUUGCUGAGCCAUCCACUCUGACUGAUUUCCUCUGAAGUUAAGUAAACCCAUUUACAAUCCAAAGCACAUUCUACUGACAGAAGUGUUGCCUUCAUCAUCAAGCAGCUUGUUUUUCCAUCUCCUCUGCAACCCUAAUUAAAUGAGUACAGGUCUAGAAAAUGUUUUCAAAGAGAAAAGCAGCAUAUACUUAUGUGAAGUAUUAUAUUUUUCAAUAACCCUGUAGUGGCAUGAUGCAGGGAACCCUGGGAGACUUGCAGGGAAGAGCUGUGCUCUUUUCUGACUAGACUAGAGCGUUUGGAGUAGAAGAGGUCAAAUGUGUAGUUACAUGGAGGUUUUAGAAUGUUCUUCUCCUGGCUGUGAUGAAGUGCCAGGAUAUCUCUUUAGAACAAGAAUCUAGAUUCCCCCCUUUCUCCUUAUUGCCCCUCCCAUUUUGACUUCCCCUUUAUUUAUUUGUUUUCUAAUUAGGGGCCAAGUCUGUAAAGUUUUGUCAAACUGAGUUAGAAGUUGUUUUCUUACUAUUUGUGUUUACCAGAGUUGGGAGAAACGGUAUAGUUUCCAUGAAGGUGUGUAUGUUUUGUACAAUGUUUGUUAUAUGGCCAUGCAUUGGUAACUUGAAAAUAGACCAGCUUAAUGUCUUCAGGCUGUAAGCCUCUGAAUACACAGUGUCUCUCUUUCAUACAUUGCAUGUAAGUCGUUAGUACCUCACAAGCUGCAGAAGUUCAGCCAUGAGAUUUUGUUUGGCAGCAUAAACAGAUUUAUAUAUAACGGCAAAAGCCUUUUUUCAGAUUUCCUUACUGACUUUUCGUUUGCCUUAUCUGGGGCUAGUUUUUUAUGCUUUGUGUGCAGAAAACAAAAAAUUACAUUCAUUGGGCCUUUUUUCAAGGUUGGGAUUACCACACCACCUGGAAUAUCAUGCUGUGGUUUCUGCCUAAAAUUGGCACAUGUAAGAAUUAAAGAAAAUGGUUAUAUAAUUCAAUUGAAGCUCUUGGUAAUUAGAUGUUAGGCAUCUCCUGUAUGUAAGACACAAGGCCAGCCACAACACAGAACGAUAAUAUUGUUAAGUAUUCUCUGAAACAUGGCCAAAAUGCAUUUUAUUAUGAGCUUUUUUUUUUUUGCUAUUGUAAAUAUUAGUGGUUUACAAUGUGCUUUAGUCAUAUUUCUUUAAAAUGCAAGCAGUGAGAAAUAAGACCCCUCUGUUAGUAGCUCUAACUGAUAACAUAGAAUGUUACUUGGAAAAAGUCUGGACUAUGCGGUAUACACAAGCAGUGCUUUGUGAAUGAGUUGCUUAGCUUUUACAUUGCACCAUGUUUCUCAAAGUUUGUUUUUGUUGAUAAAACAUUUUAUAAUGUACAUCUUAUGUUUAUUUUUCUUCCUCAACUAAUUGAACUGUGUACUGCACUGUAAGUUGAAAAUUAGUGAUCCAUUAUUUAUCUUCUCUGGCAAUGCAUUUAUAUGGUCAAUUGGCUGGGGAUUUUUUGCAGAAAGAUGCAAAAUGAUUGGAUUUUUGACUUCCUAUCGCAGGGAGCUUUUAAAAAUGUGUUAAUUUCCUGUACAUUUUUCUAAUCCCCAUGCAAACUGUUCCUGUUUACAUACAUUCUCUGUUGUAUCAGUACUUUGAUGAGUGAGAAGAGAGUUUACUUAAAACUUGAGCGGGCUGUUGAGCAUUGUUUCUGCUUCUCAAAUCUGUAUAGCACACUGGUUUGUAAUCAUUAUGUCUUCGUUGAAAUCCUUGCUCCUUCUCUUCCUCAGUGAAAUACAUUAUAUGUUAUCUUUAUGUAUUCAUUAUUCUCAUUUGCUUUGAGUCGGAAACAAAAACAUGAAGGACUCCAAUUAGAAGAUAGAUAUUUACAUUCAAAUAGAUUAGUGGGAAAAGUUUAAGAGUUUCCAGGUAUUAGUUUUUAUUUUUUGAGUCAAUUAAGAGAGACUGCUCCUUUGACUGGGAGACACUAGUAUAUGUUUGUAAUGUUACUUUAAAAUGAUCUUUUUAUUUUAUAAGGUCUAUGAAUACUGGUUAAACUGUUGCAACUUGGGCUUAUAUCAUGGAUGGUUUCACUGCCAUCAGCCAUGCUGAUAUAUUGGUAAUGGCAUCCCUAUCUACUUAUUUUAAUGCUUAAAAUUAUACAUAAAAUGCUUUAUUUAGAAAAUCUACAUAAUACAGUGGUGUCAGCCUUGCCAUAUAUCAGUUUCACUUGAAAUUUGACACCCAUUAAAGUGGUUUAGGGUGGAGAAAGAGGUACUGGAAAACAUGCAGAUGAGGAUGUCUUUUAUUUGCAACAGUAUCCUCUGCAUGGGAGAAGUUACUCUUGAAAGGCAGGCAGCUUAAGUGGACAGUGUUUGUAUAUCAUUGAGAAUUUUCUUUAUGACAUUUUUUAACAUUGUGUAAUUGUUAAAUGUCCAUUUUUGCUCUGUUUGCCUGAAGUUUUAGUAUUUGUUUUCUAGGUGGACCUCUGAAAACCAAACCAGUACCUGGGGAGGUUAGAUGUGUGUUUCAGGCUUGGAGUGUAUGAGUGGUUUUGCUUGUAUUUUGGUUGUUUUCUUCUAGAGAUUUUAAACUUUAGUAAUUGUGUGUGUUAUUUUUUUUUAAGUGGCUUUGUUUUUUUCUCAAGUAAAAUUGUGAACAUAUUUUCUUUAUAAGGGCAGGGCGUGAGUUACGGAGACUGAAGAGUAUUGUAGACUGUACCAUGUGCCUUCUUAAUGUGUUUCUGGACACACUUUUUUUUCAUCAACUUGAAAAUUCAAAAGGGACAUUUGGUUAGGUUACUGUACAUCAAUCUAUGCAUAAAUGGCAGCUUGUUUUCUUGAGCCACUGUCUAAAUUUUUUUGUUUUUAUAGAAAUUUUUUAUACUGAUUGGUUCAUAGAUGGUCAGUUUUGUACACAGACUGAACAAUACAGCACUUUGCCAAAAAUGAGUGUAGCAUUUAAACAUUGUGUGUUAACACCUGUUCUUUGUAAUUGGGUUCGGUGGUGCAUUUUGCACCAUGUUUUUAAUCUGUCAAUAAAUAAAAUGUCCUUUAACUUCA